GUACAUUUUACGUUCAUUUUUUUGGGGCACUUUUUCGCACUUCGGUGGGGCACUUCUAGCGGUGGGACACUUGUAGCGUGAUGCUUGCCUCUUGGGUGGAGUUACUUCGACGUGUCGCAUAUUCUGACAAGUGGGCAACAAACUAACAGGUGUCCUCUUCCUCCUCCUCCUUCUCCUCCUCCUCGCUAGCGACAGGAGGACUUGUCCUGUCUAAGCCACAUUCUACACACACUCUUCCUCCACUCAGACGUUUUUCUUAGCUCCUAAGUGCCUUUUUCCAUCUAGUUUACUUGGUAACUUCUCGAACUCAAUUAACUCCAUAAGAUAUGCAUUCGGCUCAGAAAGACACCACCUUCACUAAGAUCUUCGUGGGAGGUCUCCCUUACCACACCACCGACUCCAGUCUCAGGAAGUACUUCGAGGUCUUCGGGGACAUUGAAGAGGCUGUGGUCAUCACAGACCGACAGACGGGGAAGUCAAGAGGUUAUGGAUUUGUGACCAUGGCAGACCGGGCUUCUGCUGAUCGAGCCUGCAAAGACCCCAACCCCAUUAUAGAUGGCCGAAAGGCCAAUGUGAACCUGGCCUACCUUGGAGCCAAGCCCAGGGUCAUACAGCCAGGCUUUGCAUUUGGCAUGCCUCAGAUCCACCCAGCAUUCAUCCAAAGGCCCUAUGGGAUCCCGGCUCACUAUGUCUACCCUCAGGCCUUUGUCCAGCCCAGUAUGAUGAUCCCUCAUGUCCAACCCUCAAGUGCCACGGCGACAGCUGCCGCCGCCGCAGCCACCUCGCCAUACCUCGACUACACUGGAGCCGCUUAUGCUCAGUAUUCGGCCGCAGCUGCCACCGCUGCCGCUGCAGCUGCCGCCGCCUAUGAGCAGUAUCCGUACGCGGCCUCCCCGGCCCCGACGGGCUACAUGACCACAGCCGGCUACGGCUACACGCUCCAGCAGCCGCUGGCCGCCGCCGCCACUCCGGGGGCUGCGGCCGCCGCCGCCGCCUUCAGUCAGUACCAGCCUCAGCAGCUGCAGACGGAUCGCAUGCAGUGAAAAGAAAAUGACGUGGUUGAGAAGUCAUCACCCCCGACUGGGGUUAUGUUACUGUACAUUGAGGGUCAUCCGCACAAGCUUUUAACUUGAAAAAGUGAAGAAAAUCACAGGACGUGCAAACAAAUGCUGUGUUUUAUUCAAAUUAGAUCAGUAUUUUUUUUUCCAUUAUUUAAUAUUUAUACAUCGACAAAAAAAAAGAUUAACUAAAGCAGACUAACUGAACCUCAUGAUUCAUUUUUGUAUAUAUAUAUAUUCUGUGUUUCCUAGCGCAUUCAUGUCUUAUGAUGAAGUGUCUUCCCCAACACUAUAUACCAAAACGUGUAUAGAAAUAUGAACGAGUCACUCGUGCAUUUUUCAGGAUUUGUAUCAGCUGAAUCUAUGCAGACCGUUUCCCCUUAAGUAUGUACAUUAAAAAAAAAAAAAACUUAGGGAUAUUGGGCUUCUGGGUGAAAUUUUAAGAUGAACCACAAAUGUACUACAAUCUUACCGGAGGACCUUAAUUUGAUUUGAAUCAACAAUACAUCAGCAGUACUUCAUCAUUGUGAGGCUGCAAAUGGGUUCCCAACAGGGCAUUGUUAGUUUUGUUAGCAGCUUGCAAAUGAGUCAGGCUGGAAAACUCGAAAUUGUCAUGCAUCAAGCACCCGUUGUGAAUUUUGCCAUUCAGUUUGUUAGAGCAGCAGGUUGUGCAAAAAGUAUUGAAACAUUGCACUGCGGGACUUCUGCGACAUCUGCUUUUAAAAUAUUCGAAAAGGUCCAAUUGAGUUCACCUCUGAAAUUUGUAGUGCAUUUUUAGGUUUAACUAGAAAUUUCAUUUUAGUAAUCAAGAUGGGGGGAGCACUUAGUUCCCUCACUCAUGAAUUGCACAUCAAGCAAGCUCAGCAAAAAAAAAAAAGGUGUUUGAAUGUGAAUCUUAAAUUUUCUUUCCGAAUGUGCCUUUUAAAUUAUGCUAUUUAUGUAUUUAUUAUGGAAGCUUACGAUAAUAAACAGUCUAUUUUUGUGUUUGCUUUUUAGUUAGGUCCACUGCAACGUUCAUGAAGAGCAUGCCGUGAAUGUUUAAAGCCUGCAGUUUGUAUGAAGAACAAAAGACGAGUGGAACAGUAGCAAUAACUUUUGUGGAUUUAUAAUGUUUGUCUUAUAGACUAUUUAAUGUUGCCUUUUUUUUUAUAUCUAUACUUGACCACUUUGAUAGGAAUCUUAUGAACUUGAAACAUCUGAUGUCAUCUUGACACUGAAUGUAAAGUGCAAAGGUAUUUUGCCUUGCAUUUUACAAUGCAUUAAAAAAAGAGCACAUCUGGAAAUUUGUUGUAUGUGAAAUAAAGGGAACUCUACCAACAAAAUGUUAA